AUUAAGCAUUAAUACGUGUAUAUAACUGCAUAUGCAUCUUUUCAGUGCGCGAAGCAAGCAGAAGCAGUUGGUUAGGACUUGGGACUUGGAAGAAGCUUAAUUCAAGGAGAGUGAUAGAGAGAAGAAGCUUUGUUCAUCACUGUGUAGCUGCAACAGAUUAGGGUUUCGAAUCGCACAGAGAAAUGGAGAGUGUGGACUCGUCAAUGUUGGCUCGAGGACGCUUGGCUGUGCUAUCAGCUCAUCUCUCUGCUUCCAUUGAAUCAGACUCAUUUUCGCCAAUUUUGGAGACCUCAUGCGUCUCAUCUCAAUCGAUGGUGGCACCACCGCCAAAUCUCAAGGGUUCGUUGACAAUCAUCGAUGAGAGAACUGGUAAGAAGUACCAAGUUCAGGUCUCUGAAGAAGGAACUAUCAAAGCUACCGAUUUGAAGAAGGUAACAACAGGAAAAAAUGACAAAGGGCUCAAACUUUAUGAUCCAGGCUAUCUUAACACAGCUCCUGUUCGCUCAACAAUUUGCUACAUUGAUGGUGAUGAGGGUGUCCUUAGAUAUAGGGGUUACCAGAUUGAGGAGUUGGCUGAGGGUAGUUCCUUUCUGGAAGUUGCGUACCUCUUAUUGUAUGGGAACUUACCUUCUGAAAGUCAGCUGGCAGACUGGGAAUUUGCUGUUUCACAACAUUCUGCAGUUCCACAGGGAAUUUUGGAUAUCAUCCAGGCAAUGCCUCAUGAUGCUCACCCAAUGGGUGUUCUUGUCAGUGCAAUGAGUGCUCUAUCUAUUUUUCAUCCUGAUGCUAAUCCUGCUCUUAGAGGCCAAGAUUUAUACAAAUCUAAACAAGUUAGAGAUAAGCAAAUAGUGCGCAUACUUGGGAAGGCACCAACCAUUGCAGCAGCAGCUUAUUUAAGGAUGGCAGGAAGGCCUCCUGUUCUCCCCUCUAGCAACCUUUCUUAUUCAGAGAACUUCUUAUAUAUGCUAGAUUCACUAGGUAAUAGGACCUACAAACCCAAUCCUCGACUAGCUCGUGUUCUAGAUAUUCUCUUUAUAUUACACGCAGAACAUGAAAUGAAUUGCUCCACAGCUGCUGCCAGGCAUCUUGCAUCAAGUGGUGUUGAUGUGUACACAGCUCUUGCUGGGGCUGUUGGGGCACUAUAUGGUCCUCUUCAUGGUGGAGCAAAUGAGGCUGUUCUGAAGAUGCUGAGUGAGAUUGGAACUGUUGACAACAUUCCGGAGUUCAUUGAGGGUGUGAAGAACAGGAGGCGAAAGAUGUCAGGUUUUGGGCACCGUGUGUACAAAAACUAUGAUCCCAGAGCAAAGGUCAUAAAGAAACUAGCUGAGGAAGUUUUUUCCAUUGUUGGCCGGGAUCCUCUUAUUGAGGUGGCUGUUGCUUUGGAGAAAGCUGCAUUAUCAGAUGAAUAUUUUGUUAAGAGGAAGCUCUAUCCAAAUGUUGAUUUCUACUCUGGGUUAAUUUAUAGGGCAAUGGGUUUCCCUCCAGAAUUCUUUACGGUUUUGUUUGCAAUUCCUCGAAUGGCUGGUUAUUUGUCACAUUGGCGUGAGUCUUUGGACGAUCCUGAUACAAAGAUAAUGAGACCAGCACAGGUAUACGUUGGUGAAUGGUUGCGGCAUUAUAUGCCACUCAAAGAACGGAUGGUAGCAACCGAGUCUGAUAGACUGGGUCAGGUAUCUGUUUCAAAUGCAACCAGGCGUCGGCUGGCUGGGUCUGGAUCUUAGGUGCAAACGCGAUCUACACUUCCAAGAUUUUCAAUGGCUGAAAUUCAGAAAUAAAAAGCUGCCUGAUUUUAGUUCUGCAUUAAAAAUACAAAUUUAUCCCAAAGAAGUGAGGAAUAGUAUUACUAAUUUUGCUCUGGGUGGUUCCAGCAUAAAUAAGGAUGAAUAUUAGAUGUAUUUUGGAAUAUGUUGUUGGUUGACAUGUAUUAAUAAGAAAACUUCAACUGGGACUUUUGUGUA